UGUUACUGGAGCAGUAGGCAAUGUACUGCAAGUCUUUCUUUUUUUACCUCUAGCUAAAUGCCCAGACAUGUAGCUUGAUUUUGUAGCGGAUCCGCAUUGUUAACUGGGUAGGUGAACAUCAAGAGAGAUAGAGCCGUAUCCAUGCACUAACUUGUUGGAAAAUGAUCAUCUGUACGAAAAAAAUGGAUUACCCCCUCGGAACCCAAUGUCAGCGUGUCCAGAACCAGGUGAUGAAGGUGAACGCCGAGAAGGAGCGGGCAUCGCUGCGGUGCAUGAAGGCUCUGGCCAGCAGGGGGUGUGUGGACGCCGUGUCCCAGCAGAUGGCCUCUCACCCCCAGUACCUGGAGAGCUUCCUCCGUACCCAGCACUACAUCCUCCACAUGGACGGCCCCCUGCCCCUGCAGUACCGUCACUACAUUGCCAUCAUGGCUGCAGCACGGCAUCACUGUGGCUACCUGGUGUCUCUGCACUCUGCCCAUUUCCUCAGGGUGGGGGGCGACCCGCUGUGGCUACAGGGGCUGGAGGCCGUUCCUCCUCGCCUACAACACCUUGACCAACUCAACAAGGUUCUUGCCCACCAACCCUGGCUCACCGCCCGCUCACACAUACAGGCGUUGCUGAAGACGGGAGAGCAGUGCUGGUCUCUGGCUGAGCUGGUUCAGGCUGUAGUGCUCCUGGCCCACUGCCACUCCCUCUCUAGCUUUGUGUUUGGCUCUGGCACCGACGCCGACCCCGUCCCCCUUCCCCAGAGCCCCCAACGGCACUCCCCCGGGCUACUGCCUCUACUGAAUAUGACGUUCGAGCUAUUCRACAACAGAUCGUUGCCUGAAACCACAUCUCUGGACUCCAGUUGUGAGAUGGUGUGUUUGAAAGAGAGGAUCCAGAAAUCCCAGGAGGAGAAAGAGAGGAGGGGGGAGCAUCUUUUACACACCCAGACACUGCAGCACACAGAUGUGGAAGAUGAGGAGGAGAUUACCUACUCUGCAGACCCCUCUCGUUUCAUAACAGACCCUGAGUUUGGCUACCAGGAGUUUGCCCGUAGAGAGGAAGACCACUUCCAAGUGUUCCGGGUGCAGGACUACUCCUGGGAGGACCACGGCUUCUCCCUGGUCAACCGGCUGUACUCGGACAUCGGGCACCUGUUGGACGACCGUUUCCGCAGUGUCACGGCCCUCCCCUCGUCCCACGGGCCUGACCUGAAGAGAGCCACCUGGAACUACAUCCAUUGCAUGUUGGGGAUUAGGUACGACGAUUAUGACUAUGGGGAGGUAAACCAGUUGCUGGAGAAGGAGCUGAAGCUUUAUAUCAAGUCUGUGGCCUGCUAUCCUGACGCCACCAAGACCCCGCUGUGUCCCCUGCCCUGGGCACCACUCAAACCUUCUGAGAGGAUCCAUGUGAACUUGCUUAUAAUGGAGGCUCGGUUACAGGCUGAGCUUCUGUAUGCUCUGAGAGCCAUCACCCAGUAUAUGAUAGCUUAGGUCAGUUGGUGAGAGGGAGAGGCACAAAGUUACAAUCGCCAACGGUACAGAAAGACCCAGUUAGGAGGCCUCAGGGUUGGGAACCUCUUACAGCAGGCAGGGAUAUGGGGAAGAGACUGGCAAUUAUGAGGGAGAAAGAGCAGCAUGCAAUGCAGCCAUAUCCUGCAAAUGUGCGACUGUCCUAUUUCGCAGUUAAAAACUAGGGAAAUAUAUAUAGUGCAAUCAUUUAAGCUCUAUUUGCGUGAUAUGCACACUGCAGUGGAAAGCUCUUUGCCAAAGUCAAAGCAAUCCCUCUCUUCCCCUCUCUCUGCCUUCUCAUUUUCCAUUCUGCGAGGUUGGUCUGUCCACUUCAUUUAAUGUAUUUUCCUCUUAUCAAACAUAUCUGCUCUUGAUGGUUAAUGUGCAAUUAUAUUACUAUUAUAAUAGAUAUUCAUUAUUUUCAUUUUUAGUAAUGUAUUGUUUAGCUAUGUCUCGAUUCUGAUGACUGUGAUGAAAGCGGACGGUUGGUUCUGCAGUGUAGCAAGGAGAUGUGUACCCAUGGCCAACACAAUACCCUCUUUCUUGGUUUGGGAUUAUUUUUGUCUUUUCAACAUUGCAUUUGUUCAAAACCAAUUGUUUAUCCUUUUUUAUUGGAUUGAGUGAAUGUUUUGGUGAGAUAUUGCCAUAGUUUGUCUUGUUAUAGUCCUUGUUGGUGUAGGUAGGUGGUAAAGGUGAUGGACAAUUGUUCACCGCAGCUCCCUUAACGUUUCACAUUAGUACUGAAGGUUCAAGAACAAAACCCAAACACUGCAAGAUGAUAUCAAACAACUAUAGUUCCUUUUUUUUAAAGCACUUUUUAGAUAUAUAGAUAUAUAUUGUAGGUAGCGCAGAGAUGGAGAUCCAUGUUGGUCUGUCUUUUCUUUCCACUGUAUGGUGUCUAAUAGAAAUMAUAAACUGGGCGGUUCGAGCCCUGAAAUGCUGAUUGGCUGACAGCUGUGGUAUAUCAGACCACAGGUAUGACAAAACAUUUAUUUUCACUGCUCUAAUCACAUUGGUAACCAGUUUACAAUAGCAAUAAGAACAGCCCUUAGCCAUGGUAUAUUGGCCAUAUACCACAKCCCCUUGGGCCUCAUUGCUUAAUGAUCCUGAGGCUGCUUCUUGGGUCCCUCUGUGUUCCGAUCAGCUGAUCUCCACUCCUACAGUCACCCUGUAACCCUAGUCGUCUUGUGUAUGUGGAGUAGUGCAGGGACUCACGUGGUCCUGACAGAGGCCAUGGCCCCAGAUCUGAAGGAGAUCAGAACUCACUUCAGUAUCUUCGAUAAAUCUGCAAUCGCUAUAAAUUUAAAAAAUAUAUAUUUUAACUUUAAGAAACGCAAAGAGGUGGCCAAAGUAAUGUUUUGUAGAGUGAAAAAUAAGCUCAGCCAUAUGAAUGUCAAUUUUUAUAUUGAUGUGCUCUGGCAUAGAUCAAAUGAAGGAAUCUCCAUUUCAAAGAAAACCAUCCCUAAAACUGCAUUGAUGCAUUUAAGUGGUUGUUGAAGGUCUGUAGAACUCUGAACUGGAAUAUUGCAACAUAAAAGUCCCCGCAAGUGACCUGCAUUGAGUUUGAAUUGCUGUUAAGCAUACUCUACUAUGCUACAGAAGAUGUAGACUAAGGAUAAAAUGUCAUCAAUGGUCUGUGUACGAUCUUAUGCAUGUGAAAAGUAGGUCUGUCUUUUUCAAUUAUUUAUUUGGCAAGCUUUAUGACCUAAAAUAAAGAUGCUGAUUCAUGGUACAAUUMGCAGAACAGCGUGGGUAGGUACUGCAAACUAGAUUUUUGAAAUGGAAUUAUAUCCUUUUUUUGUUUUACACUUUUUUUUUUUGUCAACUUUGCAUUACAGUACUAUAAUUGUUGAGUUCUUGAUGUUGCUUCUGGGUUCGCUGCUAUAUCCUGCCUGUUGCGCUGCACCCUGAAUAUUUUAGAGGCAGCAGGGUGGAAGACCCUUUUCAAUGGGCUCGACCGUUUUGAAACGACAGGAGAAGAAGAAAAAAGUGCAUAUCAACAGAAGUGCUUUUUAGUGCAGGUGCCUUUAGGCCAAACUGGACUGGUGCUUGAGUGGGCAGACAUGACUACUCUGGGCUAAGUAAGGGCCUUGCUAGAGCAGACUGCCCCAAUGGCUCCUCAGGAACAGUGUUCUGUGGCCCAUAUAGAACGGCCAGUGCCAUAACCACUGGACACAAGUAUGCACAGUGGCUCGUCUUUUUGCUGGAAAAUGCAUUGAAAUMAGUUGACGUAGAUGUACUGUAGCGCAAAAGAGCACUACAGUCCUCAUUGGCUGCUCGUCAACACCUCUAUGACAUCGUUAUGGCUCCAAAUGCAGGAGCGAAAGAGUCUGUUCCUGCCUGAAGCUUCCGACCACCAGGCCAAGGGACCAAAACGAUAAGAGCCACUGACACAGAGAUGGAUGUUACAGUUGUUCAAUAUUUACCACGUAAAUGAAUGAACAAUAAAAUAAACAAAAAAAAGUAAAAACAUAAGUAUAUAAAAAAAAAACUGUUUCUGGAAAUGUGAAGACUUAUUUUUUCUAUAAAGAUGUUCUAUCAAG